UCACCGUUCCGAGUUCCCGUUAGGGCGGGAUGGGCCGAGUGGAGCUGUCCACGAGCCCGGCUCUGGAGUUUAUGUCGUAUUUUGGUACAGUGCUUGCACUCGUGUCCUGCUGCCAGUGGAACGACCUCGCUUUCGUAUCCACGAGCCUUGGGCAUGCCGGGAGGGCUUUAAAAUUGAUAAAAGUGCAACAACCAAAUAGCAGGCACUUGGGUAAGGCAACGCUUUCACUGGAAACACGUUGCACCUUUAAGGUGCCCUCAGUGGAGUAUUUGGAAUACUUACAGUCAGUGAGUAUAACUACAUGAGAACAGAAUUUUUAUUUCUUAUGUGUUUCUUUUCAUCAACAGGUUUCAAGCAACCAAUCUGUUUUACAAGCUUCAUAAAAUUUAAACCCAAGACAGGGAAAGGCAGGGAGGUGCUAGCAUUUGCGUGUGUACACAUAACAGAACACACAGAGACACAGUGCACACAGCCUGGCCAUCCACUCGGCGUGCCUGUACAUCUUCAGACUGUUUAUAACACCUGUAUUAUUUUACAUAGCAGGAUUAUCACUGGAGGUGUGUGAAGGACUGAGCUUUGUGGCCAGCAGGCAAUGGUUUGUUAAGGAAAUCGUGUCCUUCAAACUGCUAGAGGUGUUUAACACCCCUCACAGGCAAAUAAAACUGUUCUGAGAACUUAAGGCUGUCAAAAGCUUUUGUCCAGAUAAUUUACGAAAGCUCCAGCAGAAACAGAGUAAGUCACAGUUUUGGCAUGAAUGAGAAGCCAAGAAAAGUGCCUGAAUUAAAAGCCUGCUAAACAGCAGAAACAAAAGAAUAGGAUUCCCUUUUGUUUCAUUUAUUUUGGCAAUAGAAAAAAGUAAAUGUGUUUCAAUCAGAAUACUAGGGACAAAUAGAAUGGAAAACAGCAGGAAAAUGUGUCAACAAAUAAACUAAGCUUUCUAUUUGCCUGGAAUGAUCUAUGUAGUUCUGUCACCUGCUGUCAGAAAGGAUCCUGCAGAAUUGGAGAGAACUUGAAGGUGGUAUAUCAGGAUUUUAAGGGCUCUGAAAAAAUACACUGAAAGAAAUUUUUUUUUAAAUCUGUAUGACAUAGGAAGAAAGAUAAAUAAGUUAUGAUCCAAGUAUACAAAUAGUUUGCAGAAAUGUAUUGGAACUGUCUUCUUGUCCUGUAAAAAAGAAAAGCCAUUAUAACACUGAAUAUACAAAGUUUGCUAAAACAUAAGUCGUAGAAUCAUUUAGGUUGGAAAAGACCCCUAAGAUCAUCGAGUCCAACCAUUAAUCAAACACUGCAAAGUCCACCACUAAACCAUGUCCCUAAGUACCACAUCUACAGGAGGUCUUUUAUAAUACCUCCAUGGAUAGUGACUUAACCACUUUGUUAGGCAGGCUGUGCUGUUCCAGGGCUUGACAAACCUUUCAGUGACAGCCCAGUUGUCACAGAGUGUUUAACUAGGCUAACUUUAUUUCCUAUUGUGGAGGUCAACAGCUGAGAUGAAGAAAAAACUGGACUGAUGUAGGCAAAACCACAGAUUUAUAACUCUAAGAGAAGUAUGGAAAAGGGCACAGGAUUUCAAUCUGAAGUUUAGCCUCGGUUUUAAUUUUUGAAACUUAGGUUAAGAUUUUCAUUUUGUUUAUCCUGUAUGUGCCUUCUGCAGGAUGUAUUGCAUCUUUCUCCAAAGCACCUAGUGCUAACCACUUCUGGAAACGGGAGAUGGGACUAGCUGGGCUAUGCUGUCAUAUGUUGGCUGUCAUCAUGGCUCUCACUUCUAUCAUCUGAUGAUUCUUUGGGAGCCUGUGCAAAGUAAGCUGGUGUCCAGUUUCAGAGGUAGCGAGGACUGGGUGCAGCUUGGUUGUUUUUGCAACUGAAACCACUUCUGUGUCUGCCAUUACUAAGUGACAUGUUGGAAGUCUUCAUGAUCUUCAGUCUCGAUCUCGGUGGUAUAUCUGCUAUUGUACUGAAUGGAUAUGAUGCAGUAAAAGAAUGCCUUGUUCAUCAGAGUGAAAUUUUUGCAGACAGACCAUCUCUUCCCUUGUUUAAGAAGCUGACAAACAUGGGAGGCUUACUGAACAGUAAAUAUGGCAGAGGAUGGACAGAACAUCGCAAAUUAGCUGUAAAUACCUUUCGAAUUUUUGGAUAUGGUCAAAGGUCCUUUGAACACAAAAUUUCAGAAGAAGCUAUGUUUUUUCUUGAUGCCAUUGAUACAUACAAAGGCAGACCAUUUGAUCUAAAGCACUUGAUAACAAAUGCUGUUUCAAACAUUACUAAUUUGAUUAUUUUUGGAGAACGUUUUACAUAUGAAGAUACCGAAUUUCAGCACAUGAUUGAGAUUUUUAGUGAAAAUAUUGAACUAGCUGCUAGUGCUUCUGUAUUUUUAUAUAAUGCUUUUCCUUGGAUUGGUAUCUUGCCAUUUGGGAAACACCAGCAGCUGUUUAAAAAUGCAGCUGAAGUCUAUGACUUUCUUCAUGACCUUAUUGAACGUGUCUCUGAAAAUAGGAAGCCUCAGUCACCUCGACAUUUUGUAGAUGCAUAUUUAGAUGAGAUGGAUUGCAAUGAAAAGGAUCCAGAAUCUACAUACUCAAGAGAAAACUUAAUUUUCUCUGUUGGAGAACUCAUCAUAGCUGGGACUGAAACCACAACAAAUGUUUUAAGAUGGGCAGUGUUAUUUAUGGCUCUUUAUCCGAACAUUCAAGGGCAAGUUCAAAAAGAAAUCGAAUUAGUCAUCGGCCCAAGCAAAAUGCCUACCUUAGAAGAGAAAAGCAAAAUGCCAUACACUGAGGCUGUUCUACAUGAAGUUCUAAGAUUCUGUAAUAUAGUUCCACUAGGUAUUUUUCACGCAACUGCCAAAGAUACUGUUGUGCGUGGUUACUCUAUUCCUGAGGGCACUACAGUCAUUACAAACCUUUACUCCGUUCAUUUUGAUGAAAAAUACUGGAGCAAUCCAGAAGUGUUUUUUCCUGAGAGAUUUUUGGACAGCAAUGGGCAAUUUGUCAAGAAAGAUGCAUUUAUUCCUUUUUCACUAGGAAGAAGACAUUGCCUUGGAGAGCAACUGGCUCGAAUGGAAAUGUUUUUGUUUUUCACUUCAUUACUGCAACGAUUUCACCUGUGUUUUCCUCAUGGCAUGAUUCCAGAUCUCAAACCAAGAUUAGGCAUGACAUUACAGCCGCAGCCAUACCUCAUCUGUGCAGAAAGACGGUGAAGAGAAGGGUCUAGAUUGUCAGGUGAAACGCAGUGUUCCAAGUUGCAGCUGAGGAUCUACUUUGACUUCUAUUUCUAAAUGUCUUCAUGUCAGAAGAACAAAA